AUGGAGCUCACAACCACUUUGUCCAACUCUACAUCACUUGCUACUUUAGCUGUCCAGACCGAACGCGAAGUGUUGGAUACGAUGACUGUUGAACAACUGAUUGACCAAAGUGCGGUGGCGUCCAGAUUCGGCGAAAUGACGCUCAACAAACUGCGGACCUGGUACCGGCUAUUAUUUGCUAGACUAGAGUAUGAGGAUGAUAUAGGAAAGAAAUACCAAUUUCUUGAAAUGGGAGCGGUCAUUUUCCAAGAUUAUCUUCUCACAGGAGAUCUCUUUGCUGCAGAAUAUUUGGAAAAGGUUAAAGAAUUACUUAUUGCCAGUUCCGUGAAGCACGCGAGACAGUCCUUUAAUAAUUGGAGAUAUGUCGAGACGAAGUGGGGCGUGGUCGCAAAAGGUGCAUUAGAGCAAGUAGGCAAUGGCAUCGGGACGAUCGCAGAUGCGGCAGCAAUGGCCAGAGCUAUUGAAUGGCCGGACUCUUGUGCUUGCAUUAAUCGUGCCGUGAUCGACCGGCUGCAGACCACCAAACGUGGUCGGUCAGCAGCGAAAAAUGUGAUUGCUGGAGAUAUAAAAAAGGCUGCGGCUACGUUGAAGACUGGAAGUUCGCAAAUCAAUCAUCCUUCAAGUGAGGAGAUACGUGGCCUUGGCCUGGAUCUUCAGGAUAGUGGAUUAUUGGGACCAAGGCGAGCCAGGGCGAUACAACCUAAUUUUUUCGAUGAUGCAGAGAUGGACAAUGCCACCCAACAAUUGCGAAUUGGCCCGGGGCCGGGUACCACUAAAAAGGAUGAGGGAUAUCGGGGCGAACCCCGGACUCGAAAAAGGAGGAAGGUCGUUUCUCAGGACAAGCACGAUCCCGUCCUUGUGUACCAAUAUUCCGACACUUCUCUAUCUACGAGGGAGUCGCCUGAAUGCCGCUGUACGAAUCAAGCUGGCCAAUUCGCCUCUACCAUUGGUUGUCCUUCAUCAACGGGCAGUGAAAACGUCUGGGCUCUGGUUGUCAGCGUCAAAGAUCUGGUCAAAGAUUUGUGCGACAUUCAUGUUCUAAAACUAGCAGAAUACGUCGAAUUAGCAAGUGAUCACAUAAGCAAUAUUCGAACAAAGCUUAUUUGCCUGGCGAGUGAAACUUCGUUGGCUACCGCAAAACGCCGAAAUAGGACCUGGUUCACGGAGUUCAGCAACGAAUUGGAUUGGCUUCGGAUCUACCCGCAUUUGAAUUAUCGCCCGGACAUUACCAGCCACACUCAAAUCCGUGUCAGUUCUGAACGGCUCUUUGAAUUGAUCAGACCGUUCGUUGCAUUCGAUGAGAAUUACGGGCGAAUGCUGAAUGAAGACGGUGCGGUAGUAAUCAAGAAUUAUCUGGGACGAUUUCAAGACCAAGGGCAGAAGUGGGAAAAGGCAUAUCAAUCAUUUGGCGACGAGUUUUCCAUGUUCCAGCAUCAUGGACAAGGAUCAGAAUUAAAGAAUCCUUUGGUGGAGGCCAUGAAGCACUCUAUCGUACAACAAUUCUUUUAA